AUGCCAAAAGGGAUGGCUUCAGUCACCACAUUUUCACUAAUGUUGCAGUUUCUGUUCUCAAUAUUAUGUUCUUCGUUUGGUCAGCUAAGCUUAGCUUUCACAUCGCAAGAGUACCAUGAAGCUCUUGAAAAAUCCAUUAUCUUCUUUGAGGGACAACGAUCUGGAAAAUUGCCUUCCAACCAGCAACAAACAUGGAGGGGAGAUUCUGGAUUGUCCAAUGGCUCUUCCUAUCAUGUGGACCUAGUAUGUGGUUAUUAUGAUGCUGGAGACAACGGCAAGUUUGAGUUGCCAAUGGCUUUUACCAUUACAUUGUUAGCAUGGAGUGUGAUUGAAUUUGGAAGCUCAAUGCAGGACCAAAUUGAAAAUGCCAGAGCUGCUAUUCGGUGGAGCACGGAUUACCUUCUUAAGGCAGCCACCACCACCUCUGACGCAUUAUAUGUCCAAGUGAUCUAA